CGCCCACCUUGAAACUUCCCGGCAGCGAGCUGUGAGUCAGUAAACAAUCGUCACGAGUCUGUGAGUUAGUACUUAUAUCUCACAGACAGUCGCCUUUUGCUCGUUGUUCAAAGCUACAUUGCGAGGUGGACUGUGUUGAGGAGCUGCUCAAGCAACCAUGUUCGCCUCAGGACCUAACUAUAACAAACUCAAGACCAAUCUGAGACUUGCCAUCAAUAGGCUCAAGUUGCUGGAGAAGAAGAAAACAGAGUUGGCUCAGAAGGCCAGGAAAGAGAUAGCAGACUACCUCACCACAGGCAAGAUAGAGCGAGCGAAGAUCCGUGUGGAGCACAUAAUUCGUGAAGACUACUUGGUGGAGGCCAUGGAGGUUACAGAGAUGUACUGUGAUCUCCUCCUUGCUCGCUAUGGUCUUAUCCAACAAAUGAAAGAUCUUGAUGAAGGUCUUGCAGAGGCCAUCUCCUCGCUCAUCUGGGCUGCACCGAGACUUCAGACAGAUGUUGCAGAACUGAAGCUCAUUGCUGAUCAGUUAACUCUCAAGUAUGGGAAGCCCUAUGGUCAGGCUUGUCGAGAACAACAGGUGACAACAAUAAGCGAACGACUAAUCCACAAGCUUAGUGUACAGGCCCCACCCAAAGUUUUGGUGGAGAAGUACUUGGUAGAAAUUGCCAAAAACUAUAAUGUGGAGUAUAACCCUGAUCCUCAGGUGAUGAGAGAGGAGGAAUGGGGAAAAGACCCACUUAUUAGCUUGGACGAAAAGAAUAACCUGGGUAAUGACGGUGCAACGGGUGGCGGAGGUGGUGGUUACGGUGGUAUGAACAUCCCUCCAACAGGAUUUAUAGGCUACCCCCAACAGCCCAUGGCACCGCAACCUUUUGCUUAUCCAUCUCCGGUGCCGUUUCCCUCUCAAAUAACAAAAUUGGGACCCAUGUCUCCGGUUGGGGAUCUACAGCCAGUGCCCCAUCCAGGGUCUUCCGAGCAGCCGACUUCACUGUGGCAGCCCACGUCAAUAUUACAACCUACGCCAGUUGUGUGCAUUUCAGGAACAUGUGUCAAGCGUGUGCCCAGAUUAUUUUCUAUUUUAGUUACCAACCCACAGUCUCUCACUAAUUGUUUUGAUGAAUUUACUGCAGUUGUGAGUCGGCACCAACCAGACAUUGUGGUAGUUAGUGAAACAUGGUUUUCUGAUACACGACCAGCAAGUCAAUAUAACCUAGAUAAAUACAAGAUGUUCAAUGAUGAUCGGGAAGGUCGAGGUGGAGGUGUGGCAGUUUAUGUUCAUGAAAGUUUAAGAUCGAGUGAGGUUCAACUAAAAGCUCCUCCUGAACUAGAGUGCGUUUGGGUAAAUGUAGAUGACAGACUCAUCAUUUGUGGAUUGUACCAUCCUCCACGUGCAGCCACUGGACCUCUGUUAAUAGAUCAGAUUGUUAACGCGGUAUUAGAUAUUCGCUUUCACACCCCAACCAUCACAAUUGCUAUUGCAGGCGACUUUAAUAACCUACACCAGGGUCGGCUUUGUGCAAGUCUAGGAAUGACAAACCUAGUGCAAGAGCCUACACAUAUGAACUCCAUCAUUGACUUGGUUCUGACAGAUAACCCUGAUGGGUAUGAGAAACCAGUCCUUCUGCCACCUAUUGGACACAGUCGUCACAGCUGUGUGCUCGUUAACCCCAAGGGCUCUGUGGGAGGUAUAGAGCUGAAUCUUCCCAAUGUGCCCGGGCAGCCAUUAUAUCCUAGUGGGGGUAUGGGGGGCUAUAAUAUCCCACCGAGUGGUCCCCCUCCACCUGACAUGUCGGCUGACACGCUGCCGGAGAAGAUCAGUAACAAUAUGCAGAAUGUAAGUGGGAGUUGCCAAUGGGAUGAGCUGAUGGGGACAGACAACUCGCCCCCUCCUGAAUAUUCCUCUUUUUUGCCCUCGGGCCACUCGAGCAACGUGGGCCCUGUUCCUAAUGCACCAUACCCCAGUAUGCCCAUCGGUGGUCAACCUACUCGCCCACAGUUCCCGCCUGACGUUAGCUCUGGUGCUGGCAAUCUUAAGGAUGGGGACCAACCAAAACCAGCUCCACGCUCAAAAUUUGGAGAAGGCAAUGUAGACUUUGCACUUCCCGACCUGCCAAGUGUUCCAGACCUCCCAGGGUCUGCAACAUUCUCCGAUCCUACCGAGACCAAGGAUGAUAUUGACUUUGAUGACUUAACCAAGAGAUUUGAGGAUUUGAAGAAGAAAAAGUAGAUACAGUACUGUAUUUAUGUUUAUACCAGAGUUGUAAAUGAUUCAAGAAGGGUAUAAUUAUGUGCACUAUUACUUUGAGCAAAUACUAAUACAGCUUUGCCGGAUUUAAAUUCUUGUACAAGUUACCUAAUACAAAACAAGUCUAGUUGCAUACUAAUUUAACUGCUUAAUAAUUUUAGUGCAUAAUUAUUAUUCAAAGAAUGAGAUUUCUAGUUUAAUAGAAUAUACCGUACUGCAUAUUGAUUACGCAUAGCAUGCUGUACAGAAAAAUCUUGGUUUAACUGAUAAGAAACCGAGAUUAUAGACUGCUGUAUAUAGGCAGCCUGUUUUUUUUUUUUUUUUACAGUAUAGAAUUGGAUAAUGUAUUUUAAGAUAGUGUGGCUAUUCACUUUGGAUAAAAGUUUUGAGAAGUAUAGGCAAUACUUUGUCUUACACAGAGUUCAGCACUGAUCAUCAGAUGACCCACAGGUUGGGUUUUGAUGGGCUGCAAUUCUUGUACAUUAAAAACUUUAUUAUAUGCUUUCCUCCUUUCACUUUCCAAGCAUUCUGUGGAUUUCAUUAUGUAUUAUGUGCAAUGCAGGGAGUAUUGAAUAAUGUUAAAAAAAUAAUUAAGUAGAUUGAGGAAAAUGGAAUUAUGGAAGAUUGAAACUUAACCCUAUUUUUCCCAUACUCUCAAACCUUUGUUUGAUUUGCAGUUUUUGUUUUCAUAGGAACACAGUUCUCAUGUAAAUAGAUGGCUGUUAUAUAUAUAUAUAAAUUAAUUAAUUACACACAUAUAUGUGGGGUGGAUCUGAACUUUAUAGAAUGUCCUUGCCCUAUCUAUAGCUUAAUUUUGCCCAUGCUCCAUUUAAAAUAAUCACUUUUGUUAUUUAAAUUGUCUGGGUGGGAACCUUGCAGCAAGAUUUGCUCCUAAUGAGUGCACCUGCCAAUUUUCUCUAUUAUAUGAAACAUUCUAAUGAAGUAUUUCCAGAUUUAAUCUUCAAUUAAAAAAAUCUAUAUAUAAAUUAACCUGCAAAUAUAAUAUUACCUGAUUGCAACAGGAUUAAAAUGAAAUUUUAGAAAAUAUUAAAUUUAUAUUGCCACUAAUUAUUUGUAUAUGAUUGCUUCAAUGUUGUUUAACAUGUGCCUUGUUAAAAAUAAACAAAGUUUAAUGUUGAA